CUCCAUCCCAUCUCUGCACACCCACAACGUCUGCUUUUCGGUCUGCCUCCUAAUCCGCCCUCUGUCGAUCAAUCACUGCUCGUCUCAAGACUUUUAUUCUUUACCUGUCUUUCAUCUUAACUUGUCACAACGCGUUGCCUAUCCCAGGAAUCUUGAUUCAUAAUGGGUUACGAAGAUGCUGUAUAUCUGGCCAAGCUCGCCGAGCAGGCCGAGCGCUACGAAGAAAUGGUGGAAAAUAUGAAGAUUGUGGCUUCCGCAGAUAAAGAGCUAACCGUGGAGGAGCGUAAUCUACUUUCCGUUGCUUAUAAGAACGUGAUUGGCGCCCGACGUGCCUCCUGGAGAAUCGUCACCUCGAUUGAGCAGAAAGAGGAGUCGAAAGGCAACGAGUCGCAGGUUGCUCUUAUUAAAGAGUACCGUCAAAAGAUUGAGACUGAGUUGGCCAAAAUCUGCGAGGACAUUUUGGAUGUGCUGGAUAAACAUCUUAUCGCCUCUGCAGAAACUGGAGAAUCCAAGGUCUUCUACCACAAAAUGAAGGGAGACUACCACCGCUAUCUCGCGGAGUUCGCACUUGGAGACAAGCGCAAGUCUUCUGCUGACAAGUCUCUUGAGGCUUACAAAAAUGCGACUGAGGUUGCUCAGACCGACCUUGCCCCAACCCAUCCCAUUCGUCUGGGUCUUGCUCUCAACUUCUCUGUCUUUUACUACGAAAUCCUGAACUCCCCAGAUCAGGCUUGCCACCUUGCCAAACAAGCUUUUGAUGAUGCUAUUGCCGAACUUGACACACUGAGUGAGGAGAGCUACAAAGACUCGACCCUUAUUAUGCAACUUCUGAGAGAUAACCUGACUCUUUGGACAUCAUCCGAGGCGGAACCCGCUCCCGACGCUGGCUCCGCCGCGGCUCCCAGCGCGCAAAAGGAGGAUAACACACCCGCUCCUGCUGCCGAGGAUGCCCCUAAGGCAGCUGAGUAGAUGAUGGGAAAAUAAUUGAGUAUUUUUGCUGUUUUUAGAUCGGAGGAGUGGAUACAAGGGAAACUGUGUGUCUUGCUAUUUUGCCCGUCUUUUUCGAAAUAUUCGUUCUGUUCCUUAUUUACCUUCAAAAACCCCGCGCCAGCUCCUGAUUACCUUUUUCAUCACUCAUCAAUCUCCCAGUGACACACACUCUCUCUCCUGUCUCUCACUCUUAAUCUCCCACUCUCGUUCCUCCUUGAUUUUAGCGGCUGGGAAGUUCAACAACUAUUAUUCUACUUUCUCGAUUUAUCUUUUUCCUCCCUCACACUUCCCCCUUAUUAUUGAAAACUAAAAAAGAAGAUUGAUUGAGUUGACAAAUACGCUUUUAACGUUCCUCCAUGAAGAAACAUCCCCCCAACCGUUCAUUUCCCGUAUUCUCUUUCUCUCUAAAAAUAAUUUUUUUUCCUUUUUUUCUUUUGAUAAAUGGAAUAGGGUAGGUAGAGCGUGGGCGGUCACCCAACUUUUUUCGGAAUUCCUUCAAACUACAAAAUCAUCACCUCCUGCAAACCAAACCCCCAUAUGCUACAAAAUUAAAAGAAUAAACGAAACGCAGUCGCCACAGAU